AUGCUUUUCACUUCCACUCUUCUCGCGCUUCCAGUUGUUGCCAAUGCUGCCCUCACCUAUCGAGGGGCGGACAUUUCCUCGCUUCUGGUCGAAGAAAACGCCGGGAUCGAGUACAAGAACCUCAACGGCGAAGCCCAGGCCCUGGAGGCCAUCCUUGCUGACAAUGGAGUCAAUUCAAUCCGACAGCGUCUGUGGGUGAACCCCAGCGAUGGGAACUACAACUUGGACUACAACGUGGAGCUUGCGAAACGCAGCCAGGCAGCUGGUCACAGCAUUUACUUGGAUCUGCAUUUGAGUGAUACAUGGGCAGACCCGGGCGAUCAGACCACGCCCUCAGGCUGGUCGACCACGGAUAUCAACUCCCUCUCUAGCCAGGUCUAUAACUACACGCUGAACGUGUUAAACACCUUCGCGGCAAGCAAAAUCCCAGUCGAGAUUAUCUCCAUCGGCAACGAGAUCCGGAAUGGCUUACUCUGGCCCCUUGGUGACAUUAGUAACUUUGACAAUGUUGCCAAACUGCUGCACGCCGGUUCGUCCGCAGUCAAGGCCUCGCACCUUUCUGAGACCCCGAAGAUCAUGAUCCACAUCGACAAUGGCUGGAGCUGGGACCAACAGCAGUACUUCUACGACUCCCUUCUCGCUACAGGCAUACUAGAGGCGUCGGACUUUGACCUUAUUGGUGUCUCGUACUAUCCCUUCUUCAACGAAGAGGCCACCUUGUCAUCCCUGGAAAGCACCAUAGCCAGCCUUGUAUCAACGUACAACCACGAUGUCCUCGUUGUGGAAACGAACUGGCCUGUGUCUUGUCCCAACCCAGAAUAUACAUUCCCGGCCGACCUGCAGCCGAUCCCUUUCUCGAUCGAUGGACAGACAACAUUCUUAUCAGAGGUUGCAAAUGCUGUCAGCUCUGCCGGGGGUGUUGGACUGUACUACUGGGAGCCCAUGUGGAUUGAUAACGGGGCACUAGGGUCCAGCUGCGAGGAUAAUCUGCUGGUCGAGAGCGAUGGGCAGGUUCGCGACAGUGUGGCUGUUUUUGGGGAUUUGUGA